CUACUGUCGAUUGGAGGGAAACGAGGAACAAGCAUUCCCGGCGUACCAAUCAGCAGAACAACACUUAUAAACCUUCUCCUCCUAACCAAUGUACGCAUCAUCCAAGAGUUCUCUUCUUCCGCUGGAUACCGAGCCGCAUUAGGAAGCUGGUGCGGCCAAUGGUACAUCCAAUGGGAAAUGGGACAGCAGCACGCUCUUGGCAGCUUGCGGGCACAUGAUUCGCAUUCGCCAGCAACAGAUGUGUAUGCACCUGUUUUGUCUGCGAGAGUUGAUGCAUGCGUCAGGAUGAUGGCAGGCGUGGUCCAGCAUUCCAGUGGAGGCCCAAGCAAAUUCGCAAUGGCGUUCCCAGGCAGAGUGCCUGCUGGUGAAUAUUCCCUCGAGUACCAAGAGAAGGGGUUCGCAUUGUCGCAUGGCGCACGCCAUAUCUACAAUAUGAAUGGCGGAAAAGUAUACGAGACAGAUUUUCUCCUGCCACGAAAAAAGGAACAAAGUGGGUUUGCUAUUUCACGUACUGGACAGAAAGAAGCGGAAACAAUCUUUGAUCUGCCGUCGAGCAAGCAGGAAAUGCAUCCUAUGCGCAUGUACGUCGCGCCGAACGAACAAGCGAUCCUAGCACAACGCCUAGAUCAUAUUUCCUGAGCUUACCUCUCAUGGUCUAUCCACCGCGGCAUGCGAGACAUACUGCUCGCUUUUUCCCGGAAAACAAUGCAAAAAUGGUGUCAACGGUUAGCUGGGCGACUACGUGAUGCGGCGCCCCAUUAAACGAGAGGUGCUUGUCAAAUAAGGCUGGGAGUCUUCCUUUGUAGAUGAGUACAUAGGCACCAUGACCUCUUCAGCUAUUCUCGCCGAGCGCGGUAAUUCAGGAGAUGCUGUUCGCAUAGUCACUGCACUGGCGGCCUUAGAAUAUGCAGGGGGGAACGAACCUGAUCUAUCAACUCUUGAUGAGACGGCCUUCUGGAGACGCAUUGUCAGUGAAAAAGUAACAGGAAUUAAAGAAAACGAAGUAGAUAAUGGGUGGCUGAGCAGGGAUGCUAUCGCGGCGCUCGUGAAAUGCUUUGUGUUGGAAUGGAGUGUCGACUUUGAUUAUCAGUUUUAUCAUCGCUUGCCGACAGAUCUC